AUGCCCGUGGGGGGCGGCACCGGGGAGGGGCGGGGAGGACCUGGGGACACCGGGGGAGGGACAAGGGAGGAGCGGGGAGGAACGGGGAAGGACAAGGGAGGAUCGGGGAAGGACCGAGGAGGGAGCGGGGAGGGACCAGGAUGGGGUGGUGACAAUUUUUGGGGUGUCACAACAUUGGGGAGCCACUGGUGCCCCCCCUUUUUCCCUUCCAUCCCCUCCCAGGUUUUGUUCGUCGAGUCCAUCUGUGACGACCCCGCCAUCAUCGAGGAGAACAUCAAGCAAGUGAAGCUGAGCAGCCCCGACUACAAAGGCCGUGCCCAGGACGAGGCGGUGGCCGAUUUCCUGAAGCGCAUCGAGUGCUACAAAGCCACCUACGAGCCCCUGGACGACGAGCUGGACAGCGGGCUCUCCUACAUCAAGAUUUUCGACGUGGGCUUGCGGUACCUGGCGAACCGGGUGCAGGGCCACGUGCAGAGCCGCACCGUUUAUUACCUGAUGAACAUCCACGUCACUCCCCGCGCCAUCUACCUGAGCCGCCACGGCGAGAGCCAGCUCAACCUGCGGGGACGCAUCGGGGGAGACUCGGGGCUGUCGCCUCGCGGCCAACAGUACGCCCAGGCGCUGGCCCAGUUCAUCCGCAGCCAGGACAUCCGGGAGCUCAAGGUGUGGACCAGCCACAUGAAACGCACCAUCGAGACCGCCGAGGCGCUGGGCGUGCCCUACGAGCAGUGGAAAGCCCUCAACGAGAUCGAUGCCGGGGUCUGUGAGGAGAUGACCUACGAGGAGAUCCAGGAGCAUUACCCCAAGGAGCUGGCGCUGAGGGAUCAGGACAAGUAUCGCUACCGUUACCCCAAGGGCGAGUCCUACGAGGACCUGGUGCAGAGGCUGGAGCCGGUCAUCAUGGAGCUGGAGAGGCAGGAGAAUGUCCUGGUCAUCUGCCACCAGGCUGUGAUGCGCUGCCUGCUGGCUUAUUUCUUGGACAAGAGUGCAGAUGAGCUGCCCUACCUCAAGUGUCCCCUGCACACGGUGCUGAAGCUGACCCCUGUGGCCUACGGUGAGACCCCCCCCAAAAAAAAGGGAUUGUCCCCCUAG